AUAGAAAAGAAAGCAAUGAGUUAUAAAUUCUGUAUCGCGUAAGUAUGGGAACAUCUUAAGGACGGUUUUUCACUUAAUUCGCGAAAGAAAACUUAAAAGAAGAAAAUGGCAUCGCAAGGAAAAUGAAAUUCUGCCUUUGACUUCCGGCCAAUAAAUUCGCCGAAGUAGAUGAUAAACAUCCUCUGUUUCCAAGAAUAGAAAGAACAAAGAAUUAACCGCCAAGCAAUAAGAGCGUGAAAUAACUCAUCUAUUCGCCGAAGACGAAGUGGCUGUGUUCAUCUCAGAGAGAACCUUCAGACAAUGUCAAAUUUGGAAUUACUACAUGCCGGAUUUUCGGCCAUCUUUGGUGAAGGCGGGCUCCCUUCGAGUAACAUAGACGAACUGUUCGAAGCAACUUACACCAUGAUGCAACCAUUUACAUCUCAAGGAGCAAGUAGAGGUUCGUUUAGUUUGAAAAGUCGUAUGAUAGACGUGUUUGUGUUUGGGUUACAAGGCGAAAUAUUCACCGUUAGAGCACUGAAUACGCACACAGUCAGGGAGUUGAAAGCUAUUAUUGAAGAAAAGACAGGAAUAGACGCAAAGAUGAUGAGUCUGACUUACGGUGGCAAGACACUUGAUGAUACAGGUGAAGCCUCUUUAAGCAGCCUCGGAAUUUGUCAUGGCAGUAGCGUCUUCUUAGUGCUGCGUUUACGUGGUGGUGGCUUACCGGGUGAUAUCAACCCCAGCGGACUUGAUCCCCCUUACAAUUUUGAUUUCAGUGAUUUCAAAGUUGACGGUGAGAAAGACAUAAUAGGAGGGCAUCAAUAUCACCCACCGUACGGAUGGAAUAGAAUAGCGGUUAAAGCUCUUAGCAAGUACGGUGAAGGCGAUAGUUGGCUCGGUCCAGACGGCAUACGCAUCGAAGGAGCCCCAAACGAGUGGGCGGUUUCUUAUCACGGCAUGAAUAUUGAGAAUGCUGACAAGAUUAUCAAAGAGGGCUAUAAACCUGGCCCCGGAGACUUGUUUGGUAAAGGUAAUUACAGCAGUCCCAGUCUUAAAAUGGUUGAGAAGGGUUACACACAACCAUUUACCCACAAGGGAAAGUCUUAUAAUAUUGCUUUUCAGAAUCGUGUCAAUCCUGGCCGCGUCAAAAUCUUUCCGCCUGAAAAAAACACGUGUUGAUGCGGAAUACUUGGUGACUCAGAAAGCCGUCCCUAUGGUGUGCUUCCCUAUGGUGUGCUCAUUAAAGAAGAUAAGUGAAUUUGUGAGCCUUUUUUAUACCGUUUCAGCGCUCACAAGCCCAAGAUUAACCUUUCCUUCGUGUCAACCUUUGCUGGUCAGUAGAUUGUUUAUACAUUCUUUCGAAGAACAUUUUUGAUUUUAAUAAUGGUACAAAACAAUUGUAAAAGAAAUGUAAACGAACCUAACAAAUGCUUUAAUUGAUGUUGGAAGUGCAGGCAGAUCUAUCUGGCUCGCCACAGUUGAUGCACGGUAACUUGUCUUAUUUAAUUUUAGCUUAAAAAGCAUAUUGUUGUAAUUUUUAAGAAUACAUUUGAGAAUAUUCUGUUGUUUGUCUUAUUUACCAUGUCUUGUUUGGUCAUACUGUUACUGAUAGGCUAAAACAAUGCUCCAAAUUAAAACUAUAACUACCAUUUAGAAA